AUGCCAUCAUUCGAUACCGAGUCCUCUGCUGGGCUCCAGGAUGCUGAAUUUGAUUUUAUCAUUGUCGGCGGCGGCACUGCAGGUCUAGUUGUCGCCAACAGACUAUCGGAAAAUCCCAAUAUUCGCGUUCUGGUGCUGGAAGCAGGAACAAAUCGUAUCGGCGACCCUCGAAUCACUGUCCCUGGUCUGGGACUCACGGCUUUCGAAGAUCCGGAUUUUGAUUGGAACUUCCGUUCCAUCCCUCAGGAACAACUGAAUGGUCGCAAGCUCAUUGGGAGCAGGGGCCGCACUCUUGGUGGGUCCUCCACUAUCAACCUGGGCAUGAUCAUCUACCCAUCGCGUACCGGAUUAGACGCAUGGGAGUCAUUGGGAAAUCCCGGCUGGGGCUGGGAUGGACUGUCCCCGUACAUCCGGAAAUUUCAAAAAACUACACCUCCGUCUGAAGCUGCAAGGGAGGUCUUCCCGGAAAUACAGUACGAUCAGAAAGAUCAGGGAAGUGAGGGUCCUGUGCAGGUUUCCUACCCAGACCAGUGGAUGCCGUACCACUCUGCGUGGAUGGAAAGUUUCAAAGGAUUAGGUUAUCCACAUGUCGAAGAUCCGAUUGCUGGGGCUGGCACUGGUCCUUUUGUUGCCCCCGGUGCGGUGGACCCGGUCACACAUACCAGAAGCCAUUCUGCAGCCGCGUAUCUAGGACAUGACGUGCAAGCUCGGGCAAACCUUAGAGUUGUCACCGGUGCACUUGUAGAGAAGGUUUUGCUGGAAAACGGAAGCCAAGGCUUUGUUGCGACAGGCGUGCAGCUCAGCAAGGAUUUGAAGACAUUCACAAUUAAAGCCAAUAAGGAGGUUAUCCUUGCUGCUGGUACAAUCCAAAGCCCCCAGAUCCUAGAGCUUUCUGGUAUUGGAGAUGCGAAGACUCUUCAAUCUCACGGGAUUACGACUGUAAUCGACAACCCCAGCGUUGGCGAGAACCUUCAAGACCAUGGGCUCGUCUCAUUCGGAUACGAAGUGGCGGACGGUAUGCCAUCUGGAGACAUGGUCAGAGAGCCUGCAGUCGCAGCAGCCGCAAUGGCCGCAUAUCAGAAGGAUGGCUCAGGCCCACUGGGCUGUCUUCCAUUCGUCUCGGCAUUCAUGCCAUGUGUAGACUUUCCCCAAGAUGAGCGCGCCCAGUUAAUGCAAAGAAUCCAAGCUUGCAUCGAUGACCCCAAUACCUCCCGAGCACACCAGAAGCAAUUCGAAGCAAUCCAUCGAAUCAUGCAAAAUCCUGACGACUCAACCGCGCAGUAUGUCAUGGCACCUUUCCAGCUCUUACCGAAGGAGGGAGACAACCCCAAGCGAAUUUUCGGAAUGGGACACCCCGGACUUUUCGUCAGUAUUGUCUCACUGUUGAGUUAUCCCCUCUCGCGUGGAUCAGUGCACAUUCAGUCUGCCGAUCCGAUGGUCGCACCACUUAUUGAUCAUGCUAUCCUCCGUCACCCGAUUGAUCAGGAAAUGCACGCUCGUCAUAGUAUGUGGAUGGACAAUAAGAUUGCUGAGACGGAGCCUUUUGUGUCCCUGCUGAAGAAGGGUGGUGAGCGUUUGCACACACCCGAGCGCCUGAAUGAUUUAGAGAAGGCGAAGGAUCUCUGCAAGGAGCUUGUUCUGUCCAUGUAUCAUCUUGCUGGGACUUGUGCUAUGAUGCCACGUGAAGAUGGAGGUGUUGUGGAUUCUCAGUUGAAGGUUUAUGGCACGACCAAUCUUCGCGUUGUGGAUGCCAGUAUCUUUCCCAUUGAACCCCGGGGAAAUAUUCAGGCGACCGUGUUCGCGGUUGCUGAGAAGGCUGCUGAUAUCAUUAAGCAGCAACUGUAG